CACAACCAGCAACGUGCUCACUAAUGCAAAUGUUUUAGGUUAGCUUAGAGUUUACUUAUCAGGUAACCGAUACGAUCAUUCGAAAAAAAAAAUUUUUAUACUUCAAGCGCUUUUAUUAUUUAUUAUAAAAUUAAUUAAAUCGUGUACGACUCUACAAUGCUGGUAAUUGUUUAAUAGAAAAUGGUUAACGGAAUUAAGUUUAGAGUGCUGUGAAAUGAAACGCUUUCAAUUGGUUUUGAUUAAAGUGUAAUAUUGAUAUUUUGCAAACAAUUAACUAGCAGACAAAUUUUUUUAUUAUUGUAACAAUUUCAAACACUGCCGACGUAUCAUUUCCACACGGUGAUUAGAUUUUGUUAAAAAUGGAGGAAUUGAUCAAAGCUUUAGGUGCCCCAGAAAACAUGCGACUGAAAUGUCCGACAUGGGCUCAAACUCAAAAAGUUUUAACAAGAAAAAAAGUACUGAAACACGAUCAAGAUUCAAAGCUAGCAAAGGUUUUAACGACAUUUGAUUUGACAGCUCUGGGUGUUGGCAGUACGCUCGGAGUAGGUGUUUACGUUUUGGCAGGAGAUGUUGCCAAAAACACUGCCGGACCUGCUGUGAUCAUAUCAUUUUUUAUUGCCGCCGUAACUUCAGUUUUAGCAGGCCUUUGUUAUGCCGAAUUCGGUGCUCGAGUACCAAAAGCGGGAUCUGCUUACGUAUACAGCUACGUCUGUAUUGGCGAAUUUUUCGCUUUUAUCAUAGGUUGGAAUCUCAUUUUAGAAUAUCUCAUAGGAUCAGCGGCAAGUACCAAAGCAAUUUUUUUAUAUAUUGACGAAUUAGCUAAUAAGACAAUGGCCAGUUUUUUUACUGAAAAUAUGCCUUUAGGAGGAAAUCAAGUUUCGCAUUAUGCUGAUCUCUUUUCAUUGGCACUAGCUAUUGCGUUUUCAAUUGCACUGGCAUGCGGAGCCAAAGAAUCAUCCGUAAUAAAUAAUAUAUUCACUUUUGUGAAUUUGUUAGUUGUGAUAGUUGUGAUAAUCUCUGGAUUAUGGAAAGUGGAUAUUGCCAACUGGCAACGAACCAAAGAAGAAGCGAUGGGUAAAGGAGCUGGUGGAUUUAAUCCUUAUGGAUUGAAAGGAAUUGUGAAGGGCGCCGCUAGAUGUUUUUAUGGAUUUAUUGGUUUUGAUUGCAUCGCAACUGCAGGCGAAGAAACAAAAAAUCCCCAAAAAUCAAUACCAAUUGGCGUAGUUGGAUCUUUAAUGAUAGUAUUCUUUGCUUAUUUUGGUAUGUCUACUGUAAUGACGAUGCUACUACCUUAUUACGAACAGGAUGAAAAUGCGCCACUUGCUUACAUAUAUUCGCGAUUAAAUUGGACUGUAUUUAAAUACGUCGUGAGCAUUGGAGCGAUUUGUGCCCUUUUUUCUAGUUUAUUAGGUGCUAUGUUUCCACUACCUCGAAUAAUUUAUGCAAUGGCUAAAGAUGGAUUAAUUUUCAAACCCCUUGGAAGAGUACACUCCCAGUUUCAUACACCUCUUAUGGGUACUCUAAUUGCUGGAGCAUUAACAGGCACUUUGGCUUGUAUUUUCGAUUUAAAUAAAUUAACAGAAAUGAUGUCAAUAGGUACCCUAUUAGCCUAUUCGAUGGUAGCAGCAUGUGUUUUGAUUCUCAGGUUUUCUAAAGAUUCUGAGGCAGAGGAUACCGAGAAGGAAGAACAAAUUACUUUUAAAAAGUGUUUAUCUCAAAUAUUUAAUAGAAAAACUACAGAGCCAACAAGGUUAUCAUCAAGUAUAGUUGCUUGGGAAAUUAUUAUUUUCUUUAUGUUCUGUUUCAUUCUCUCUGGUGUAAUGACAACUUUUGAAGAUGCUCUAUAUGCAGGCAAAAUGUGGAUUUUAAUUACAGUCUCGUUACUAUUUGCGAUUUUAUCAUUUUUAUUGAUCCUUGUAUCUUUUCAACCAACAGCAAAUCUCAGUACUGGAUUUUCAGUACCUUUGAUACCUUGGAUUCCUGGUAUUAGUAUAUUUACAAAUAUUUAUCUAAUGACUAAUAUACAGAAGGACACCUGGAUCAAAUAUGGAUACUGGAUGAUAAUAGGUACAUUAGUAGUAGGAAACAAGUUUACCAAUAUUGAGAUAAAUUGGUGGACUCUACUUACUGUUCAUAUAUACAGGACUCUUCACCUGUAUUUAUAUAUUGUCUAAUGGGCAAUCGCUGAUAUUUUCCCAGUCAUACAAGAUGUCCUAAAAACAGGUUAAACAAUGUGGUUUUUUAAAAUGGAAUAUCUUAUAUUUAAUCACAUGUUUUAACUCAAAGAAAAUUACGUCAAUGUUUCAUUGAUCUUAGCUCUGCCAUUCUUGAGAUAUUUCAUUUUUUGAGGAAUUGAAGAGUUGGCGAAGAAGGUUUCCUGAUAAAUUUAUUACAUUUAGAGGUUACCAACAGUGAUUUGGUAUACCUUUAUAUUUAUGUGAUAGUUGUUGUUGCAUUAUUUCAUAAUAGGAAGUAAAGGGUGCUUGACAGCUUUCGUAAAUCGACUCCUACAUCAGUACGUGAAGUGAAUGGAAAAAAAGAAAAUUGUUUUUAAAAAAUAGCUAUACUAAUCAGAUUUAGAAGUAGAUGAUAUAAACUCAGAUGAUAAUUAUUUUAAACCAAUGAUUUGAUAAUAACUUUGACCAAAUUUAAAAACCAGUUAAUUUAUUACUUCAAAUGGAACACCCUGUAUCUUUUUAAUGCAUUAAAUUGCAAAUAGAAUAUUAAAUCAAUUUAUUGAAUAUUAAAACAGUUGAACGAAUAUCAAAAAAUAAAUUACACCAUUUGAUCGAAUUGAGCACUUUCUUCUAUAAUACAGAGUGUAACUUUACACCCUUUUCUAAGUUGACGUAAUUUUUUAUGUUGUGUUCAAAAAAGUGAUCAACUAUAAGUCGUUCUAUUAAAAAAAUCGUAUAUUUGAUUUAUUUAACUACUUUUUUGAUAUCCUGUAUGACUGGAAGUAAUUUUUAGAGGGUAACAGUAAUUCGUGUUCAUAUUGUUAUAUUUUUCUGAUUUAAUCAUACGAUUUCUAUUCGUGGGGUGAAUUAAUAAACACUGACUCUUA